ACACUGUCCGCCGGCGGCGUGGCGGCCAGUAGCGGCCAGGCGGCGAGCCAGUCAGCUGUGCGCCGCGAGGGACUGCUCUGCUCACCGCGCAUGCGCGCCUGAAGCGCGGCUGGAGAGAUGGCGGCCAAGACGACGCCAGCCAAGAAGCUGGUGGCCCCAGAUGGCGGCUGGGGCUGGAUGGUGGUGCUGGGCGCCAGCUUCAUAAACCUGGCCUCCCGGUCCAUCGAGCCCUCGUUCGGCUUGCUGUUCGGGGACAAGCUGAGCGACCUGGGCAUCGAGACCACCGGGGCGUCCCUCAUCGUCAGCCUGCAGGACGGCAUGAUCAACUUCUCAGGUCUGUUCGUGGGGCCGCUCAUCAAGAAGUUCUCGUACCGCAAGGUGGGUCUGGCGGGCGCCACGCUUGCCGCCACCGCCAUCUUGCUGACCUCGCCUGCCGCCAGCAUGGCGCACAUCCUCACCACGUACAGCCUCAUGGGCGGCCUGGGCGUGGGCUUCGCGACCACGAGCGGCUUCGUGGCGCUCAACCACUACUUCGUGAAGUACCGCGGCCAGGCGGUGGGGCUCUCCAUGGCCGGCACCGCGGUGGGCUUCAUGCUCAUGCCCCAGCUGGUGCAGCUGGUGAUCCGCGAGUACGGCUUCACGGGCUCCGUGCUGCUGCUGGGCGGGGUGUCGCUGCACUCCAUCGUGGGCUCGCUGCUGCUGCAGCCAAUCAAGUGGCACCUGCGGCCUGCCGGCGAGGAGGAAGGGAACGGGACGCCGGCUGAGGAGAAGCAGAAGGAGGCGCAGAAGCCCCUGCUGAGGCAGCCGAGGAUCGAGGUGUCCCGGGCCGGCGACGACGCGGAGGCCCAGAGGGCGGGCGGCAAGCGGCCGCUCAUGCCGCGCAUCACCUCCACCGCCUCCCUGUCGGCCGUGCAGCUGCGGCGCAAGCAGUCCGUCAUCUCCAACAUGUCCAGCAUGGACUUCACCGGCAGCUCCUUCCACAUACACCCGCCGGUGCACGACGACGAAGAGGGUCACUCCGGCGGCAAGAAGGCCCACGAGGCGGAGAGCUACUGGAAGCGCUUCGCCCACUUCAUGGAUCUGGACCUGCUCAAGGACCCGUCCUACCUCAACAUCCUGUUCGGGCUGUCCACCUUCUACGUGGCCGAGCUCAACUUCAAGAUGGUGGUGCCGUUCUUCUUCGCCAACCUCGGCUACAACAAGGUGGACACCGCCUUCUUCCUGUCCAUGACGGCCAUCGCGGACGUGAUCGCGCGCGUCGUGCUGCCGCCCAUCUGCGACCGUGUCAGCAUCCGCCGCCGGACGCUGUUCAUGGUGGCUGGGGUGUUCCUCGGCAUCUCCAGGUCCGCGCUGGCUGAGCAGACGAGCUACGUCUACCUGAUGAGCUGGCUGGUGCUGAACGGCUUCCUGCGCGGGGCCACGCUCAUCAACUUCACGCUCACCAUCUCGGAGCACUGCAGCCUGGAGAAGCUGCCCGCCGCCUUCGGCCUGCACAUGGUGGCCAAGGGCAUCUUCAUCCUGACCCUCGGCCCCGUCAUAGGGAUCAUCAGGGACUACACGGGCAGCUACGCCGCGUGCAUCCACGCACAGACGGUGUGCGUGUACGUCUGCAUCCUGGCCUGGAGCAUCGAGUACCUGUACGUGGCGGUGUGCGGCAAGAAGGGCGACGCCGGGGAAGACGCGGACGCCCAGGCCACCCGGAGCGCGUAGUGACGGGACCUCCGCCGGGAUGACGGCUGUUCUGGGGGACCCGCAGUCGGGGCGAGCGACGUCGGCGUCUGGCUGCGAUGACGAUCUCCGCUGGUGAUUUUGUAGCUGUGACUAGUCUAGGUAAAUCCCCUUCCAGUGGCAUGAAAAUUUAGGCCACCAGAACUUUAAACAUGUCACACCACUAUUGAAAAAAAAAUAACCUUUGAAUUCUGAAUAAAAAAAAAACUUUCAGACUCAAUGUUUGCAUGCCUGGAAGGUGAAGAACAAAGGCUUUCCUUUCGGUGAAAAAUUGGUGCAUCUUGCAAAAUGCAGUAAUUCAUUACUGUAUCUAAAAAUUUUGCAGUCGAAGUGGAACUGUGCUGCGUGAUUGAUCCACAUCAAGAUCAUUGGAACGAAGCACCUUCUCUUUCGCUGUUCCUUUAAAUUAUUUCUUUUUGUUUUUGCUCGCAAGAUGCCGUGGCAUCGCGGGGAACAACUGAUCUCGCAUCAGAGUCGGAAGCACAUAAUGUACAUCACACACUUUGUGGAACCACGGGACAUAACCCAUAGGUGGUGAUUGUUCCCGAAAGAUAUUUAAGAAAUGGUUUUGUUUUGGACUUAUUGUUUCAGCUCCUAGUGCUCGCCUUAACAUAGUAGAAAUUAUAUGCCAGCCACACUACGGUUUUUUUUUUGUAAGUGUAGCUGGGAAAAUAAUUGAGACCUGCUGAAUACUGCAUUCAUGUGUAUCAACUUUGAAUGCAAGCGCAAUACUAGUUUCCAAGGCGGUGAGAGAAAACAAAAAGCAAAUAAUUUUGUCCGGUUCCCUCCGCAUUUCUUAUUGUACAAAUUUUCAAAACCCAAAAUUAAAAAAAAAAAAAUUAUAGUAUUCUAAAGAUUUUAAAUGUUUUUAGUGGUAACUUUAAAAUGAUUUUUAUUCCAUUCAAGAUUUUAGCCAGGUUGGAAAUAUGUCGUGUAUUUCAAGGUCUGUAAAGGGUGGAAGCACAACUGAGGAUAUUGUACGAGAGUGUACCUCAACGCAUGCAUGUGCCAUGUUGUGUCCGUGUGAGUAGCUUACUUAACAAGAGCUAAAUACAUAAGAACCUGGGUUAGCUGUUCUGCAAACUGCUAAGUAUUGUGUUGUAAGUAUUGUAGGGACAUUAUUUAUUUUUCAUAAGGUUUUAAUUUUCUAAGUUUGGCGUCAAAUGUGUUCAGUGUGUUCUUUGAGUUUAAAUCUUUGUUAAAUUUUACAGUCUCGUAUCAGUGAUGAGAUAUGCUUGUGACAAUAUUUUACAGAUAAAUGACAAAAAUUUAUUUUAGGCAUGUGAAGAAAAAAAUAGAGAAAAAUACUUGUUGUGUGUUCAUUGAGCUACACGGACUGAGCAUCUGCAAAUAUUGUGAUCAAAAAUAAUUGUGUAAUAUCAAGAUGAUUGUUUUAUUUUUAUACAUAUAUACAUAAGCUAUUUGCAGAGGCAAUUACAGUGGUCCUAUUGAGAAUGUACAAUAACUAAGACUCAUUUUCAAUUAUUUUUUUUUUAAGUUUUAAAUUGGAAUAAUUAAUGUCUAAUAUACAUAUAUAUAUAUUUUUUUUCUAUCCUUAAAAUCAGCAUUAAAUUCAUUUUUAAACUUAAACAGCUAGUAUUUUCAGAAUAUGAACACAGCUUUGGUUGCCCUUUUAUAAAACUUGAGACAGUGAGAUAUUGGUUUUGUUGCUCGAACAAGGACUGAGUACAAACUAGGCACCAUAUUUCAUGGUGAAUAGCGAUAAAAUCGAAAUGUCACUGAAAUUUGAGCCACUACACCAGAUAACUCUGAAGUACAUUUUAAUACAGCAUUUAACACUGAAAUGUUAGUGAAGUCAUAAAAUUAAACAGUAUUUAAGCAAAACUUAACUCAAAUCACCCAAAUUUUAUUCUUUAACUCCAAAAAAUUCAUUGAAUUCCAUUAUUUUAGUUUACAACAAAAUGUACAGACCAACUAGCCUAUAACUUGUGAAAACUAAUUAUUUUAUUCUCCAGUAAUACUCUCCUCUUUUUUUUAUAUUAAAGAUUUUAAUAUUUAGUCUAUUAGAAUACACAAAGGCAUGCUGAUUUUUUAAAAUUAAAUUGGUCUUAAUCAUUAAAAUAAUAUAAAAAAUAAUUUGUUACAAAUACAACUUGUAUCACAAUUUAAAUAAUACCUACUUUGGUGACAAUAGUAUUACGAAACAUUUCAUCAUCUUAUAUGUUUAAUAUUGCAACAUCUCAUAUCUAAACAUCAAUGAAAAAAAUAUAUAACUAAUAUCACCGAUAUCUUUAAUUUUUGAGCUUAAACAUGAAAUCUUACCUUACUUUGGUGACAAUAGUAUUACGAAACAUUUUAUCAUCUUAUAUGUUUAAUAUUGCAACAUCUCAUAUCUAAACAUCAAUGAAAAAAAUAUAUAACUAAUAUCACAGAUAACUUUAAUUUUUGAGCCUAAACAUGAAAUCUUACCUCUAUUAAAAAAAAUUUUUUUUCUUGAUAUGUACAUUUGAACUAAAACUUGCACUGUUACUUAUAAAAGUUAUACUUUUAUAAAAUUUAUCCCUCAGCUUAUUUUCAGGCCUAUGUUUAGUUGAUGUAUCGUAGUUCAUCUCUCUAAUUCAGAACUAGGCUAGCAAAAUCAACAAGAGUUAAUUAUUUCAACACAAAAGAUUAAAAGGGAAGACUUGUGAUGGUCGAAGGAAAAUUUACAGUGUCAAGAGAUAGCAGGUUGAAUGGUUACUCAGUUGUACUUAGUGUUGUAAUAUUAGUAUGACGUGCACUGAGUUACGUGCAACAUCUGCAGCUGACGAGUCAUCGAUCCGUGACGACAGUGCUGCUCAUACAGCACAGAAGUUUCAGACACUUCCUUGUAACAGUGCAGAAACAUUACGUGGCUUCAGUGAGGUAGUAUUACAUGCAGGGGUGCAACAAGGGGGGGGGGGGGGCGCAAGGGUAUUUUGCCCCCCCUCUGAAACCUUGAAGUGGGGGCAAACUGGGGCAAAGAAAGUGCUGUGUAAUAAAUUUCUAGAUAAUAAAACUGCUUAAAUAGCACUAUUUUCCCUUGCAAUACAAAUUUUCCCGGGGGAGGACCCCCGGACCCCCCCCCCCCCCCCCCGCUUCAAUAGGGGGGAUCGAUGAUUCUUUAUAAAAAGGUAUAUUGCCCCCACCUUUUGGAAAUUUAGUUGUUGCGCCCCUGAUUACAUGCCUGCAACGCACCUGAAACAUUGCGUGCUACGUAGGUCCUAGUCUUCGGAGCGGACGUGCCCAGGUCAUAAAGACUUCUGCGACGCUGCAGGAUUUCCCCUCUCCAACCAACUGUGACUUAAUGAGGCUGAGUCAAUAUUACUUAAAUGUUGUUACUUAAGUUAAGAAUUGUAGCUAGAGGCAUUGUCCUCCUCUUAACUCACUGGAGUACAAACAAGGAGUGAGUGUACUUAUUACUAGAGACCGGAAAAAUUCGCGGGUUCAAUGACCUCCAGGAUAGACUCCAAUAUCCUCUACACACUCGGGCAAAUGCCAACUGUUCAUUGGCUGGUGACAUGUGAGUCGUCUCGACUGGGUGGCCUGUGAUUCAACACUUCUAUGAGUGAGGGGUCUCUAAUUGGCCCUCAGUCCUCCAGAUCAAUAGUGAACCAAUGACAGAAGCAGUACUAAGGUAUAAUUAUUUGAAUUUUAUCAUAACACAAAAUGAACCCGCAAAUUUUUCAGGUCUCUACUUAUUACGUACAAAAGUGUAAAUAUUUGUGAAUAACUGGUUACAUAUCCCCUACGUAUGUAUUAGUGGUAGAAGAAUUGUACCUAACAUUGGCCUAAUGUCUGUAACUAUGAUUCAUGAAGAGGAUAUUUGUCAUGUGUAUGUUUAAUGAAUCACUGUUGUUGUUAAGAGUAUUGUAGUCAGAUGUAGUUUUACUGUUUUAUGAUCGUGAGUUGUCCAAAGGUAUUAUGUGAUAAAUGUUAUUGUGUUAGUUGAACAGUGGUGACUGAUUGAGACAUGUUGCUGUUUGUUAAACUUAAAAUAAAGCAUUUAUUUUA